GAACCACCUUACUCCACAGCUCCUCUUCAGUGUUCAAGCCAAGAAAGCACUCACACUAGAGCAGACACGAUGCUCGGAUGCUUCCCCCGGCUCCGGAGGCCGUCGGGAUCACCGGCGCCGGAUCUCAUGCCGGGGUCCGACGAAGCGUCCACAUCGGCGGCGUCGACCUCGGCGGGCUCCACCUCCCCGUGCUCGUCGUCCUCCUCGGCCCGCUGCAAGGACGCCAGCAGCUCGCCCCACGACGGCGCGGUGGCCAAGAACCCGUCCGCGCUCUCCGAGUCCGGGCUGUCCUCGGCCAUCGCGUCCCGCCGAUUCUUCCUCUCCUCCCCGGGCCGCUCCAACUCCAUCGUCGACUCGUCCGCGCACGGCGCCGCCGCCUUGGGCGUGGGCGUGGGCGCGGCCGGUGUGGCGGUGCCGACGUACUCACCGGACCCGCACGCCGACUUCCUACGGUCGAUGGAGGAGAUGGCCGCGGCGCUGCGGCUGGACGCGCGGCGUCGCGGCGACAGGGCGCGCCUCCACGAGCUGCUGCUCUGCUACCUCGCGCUCAACGACAGGCGCGCGCACAAGUACGUCGUCAGCGCCUUCACCGACCUCCUCCUCCGCCUCACCGCCACCAACCCCGACGACGAGCACCACGAUUAACAGCAGUUCUUUUCUGGAGCGUGCGUACGUUGCUAUGCAUACGGACAGAUUUUUGGUACGAAAAUAAAAAAUCUUCGCAAUGAUUGGCAAGUAACUAGAAAGUUCAUGCAGAUCGACGUUUGAAGAUCAUCUAACUGUAAAUACGUGCUGUGAAAUUUCGUAGCUGAAAUCUGCUUGUAUGCAUAGCAUUUGUUUUGCCCUUUUUUCUAAAGGUCUGAGCAGUGUGAGCGUGCUGGUGAAGAUAGAAUAUGGUUUGCUUUGUGUGUUGCCUUUGCCUUUUUGCCAUCUCUGCUCUUUUACUGUUCACCUAUUUAGCUUUCUGUUUUCUUUGUGGGUACCUGAAGGCUAAUAUAGCUUUUGUGCUAUAUAGCCUAUAGGCCCUGCCAAGCAAGGUUAUGUCGUGAUUGUAACCGUUAUGAUGUUCUACCAAAUACUAAUACAUUUGAAGGUGCUGAUACAAU